CUGGCAAUCAGACCGGAGUCCGGUAUCAAACAGAAAAUGAACUAGAAGGGCUCCUAUUUGAUCCCACCGACUCACCGUAGCCCGGGUUUGCUCCAGCAACAUGCUCAACCCCUAGGCAGAGACUUUUAUUUUUCAUUUGCUAACCCCCCCCGUUAACCAAACGACCGGGAUGGAUUAAAUCACUCCUGACUAGAGAAUCUGGACAAACUGAUAUGGAUUAAGUAUCCGUAAUAUUUUUUUUUUUUCUGCGUGAAAUAAUUUAUUGGUCUUUUUGACACAUUUUUUUUGCACAGUUAAUUUAUUUUUUUAAAAUAUUUUUUUUAAAGAAAAAUGGCAAUAGGUUUGUUUUGAAGAAAUCUUUUUGCCCCCUAAUGAUGCCCCGUUAGGCGUUUCCGACGGCAGCAGGAAUGUACGCGACAGAGUGCCAGGCGGAAGUGACGCCCUCGCACAGCAAUGGCAACCGGCAGUUUCAGUAUAGCCUGGCCGACCACACCAACCAGGCCUUCCAGAUUAUGAACGAGCUCCGGCUGGGGCAGCAACUGUGCGACGUCAAGCUGAAGGUCAAGUACAACGACGUCCAGGAUGAGUUUGUGGCCCACAAGAUUGUGCUGGCGUCCAGCAGCCCCGUGUUCCGCGCCAUGUUUACCAAUGGCCUCCGGGAGUGCGGCAUGGAGACCGUUACCAUAGAGGGGGUUCACCCUAAAGUCAUGCAGCGGCUUUUGGAGUUUGCCUACACAGCUAGCAUUUCCGUGGGAGAGAAGUGCGUCAUCCACGUCAUGAACGGCGCCGUCAUGUACCAGAUGGACAGCGUGGUCAAGGCCUGCUGCGACUUUCUCAUCCAGCAGCUUGACCCGAGUAACGCCAUCGGCAUAGCCACCUUUGCGGAGCAGAUCGGAUGCCACGAGUUGCACCAGAAGGCGCGGGAAUAUAUAUACAUGCAAUUCGGGGAGGUUGCCAAGCAGGAGGAGUUCUUUAACCUGUCCAGUUGCCAGCUGGUGAACCUCGUAAGCCGGGAUGAGCUGAAUGUGCGAUGUGAGUCGGAGGUUUUUCACGCCUGUAUAAACUGGGUCAAAUACGACUGUGAGAACAGGCGGCCGUACAUUCAGGCACUGUUGCGGGCGGUGCGGUGCCACUCCCUGACGCCCAACUUCUUACAGCUGCAACUCCAGCGCUGUGAGAUACUCAAAGGGGACUCUCGCUGUCAGGACUACCUGUCUCAGAUCUUCCAGGACCUUACUCUCCAUAAACCCACUCUGCCUCUCCAGGGGCGCAUCCCCAAUGUCCCUCAGUUCAUUUACGUGGCAGGAGGAUAUUAUCGGCAGUCCCUCAGUUUUCUCGAGGCUUACAACCCGGUCGACGGGGAAUGGCUGACCCUGGCUUCCUUGGAGAUGCCCAGGAGCGGCCUUGCAGGUUGUGUUUUGGGGGGCCUCUUCUAUGCUGUGGGAGGCCGAAAUAAUGCCCCCGACUGCAAUAAAGACUCUGGUGCCCUGGACUGCUACAAUCCCAUGAACAACCAGUGGUCACCAUGUGCUGCCAUGAGUGUGCCUAGGAACAGGGUAGGCGCUGGCGUCAUCGACGGGCAGAUCUAUGCAGUGGGAGGAUCUCAUGGAUGUCUCCAUCACAACAGUGUGGAAAGAUAUGACCCAGAGAGAGAUGAGUGGCACAUGGUAUCGCCAAUGAAGACUCGACGAAUCGGAGUGGGAGUGGCCGUACUGAACAGGCUGCUGUAUGCAGUUGGUGGGUUUGAUGGAACAAACAGGCUGAAUUCAGCAGAGUGUUAUUAUCCAGAGACAGACGAGUGGAAGGACAUUGCCUCUAUGAACAUUGUGCGCAGUGGAGCAGGGGCCUGUGCGCUCGAUACCAGUGUGUACGCUAUGGGUGGCUAUGAUGGAACCGACCAGCUAAAUAGUGUUGAGCGAUACGACGUGGAGAAAGAUGACUGGACUUUUGUGGCACCCAUGAGACACCGUAGAAGUGCGCUGGGGGUGACUGUACACCAGGGAAAGAUCUACGUGCUUGGUGGCUAUGACGGAAGCACGUUCCUCGAUGGCGUGGAGUGCUACAACCCAGCCACAGACACGUGGACAGAGGUGACGCAAAUGACGUCCGGACGCAGCGGCGUGGGCGUGGCCAUCACCAUGGAACCCUGCCGCAAACAGCCGUGUGGGGGAGGCCUUUUCCCAGAGAGGGUAAAAGAUGGAAGCCACGACAAGAAGAAAUGUUGCUUCUCUUCACACACCAAAAAAUAAUGAAGUUCAGGAAUAAGCACGGAAAAAAAAGAUGAUUUAUGAAUCUGUGGAAAUUCAGUGUUAUAGCAAUGGGACACGGACGAAAGGACCGCUAGGUGCAAUGGAGCCAACUUAUCGUUAAGGGCAAGUUAUUUUUAUUUUGUGGCAAGCGUAUAUUUAGCAAAUAUAUCUCCCUUUUCAGAGGAACAACACUGAGCCUUUUUAUUUGUUGUUGUUGCGGAGAUUGCUGUAAUGGAAUAAACAACAUGGCUACCCUUCGGCCUCUCCUCCACCUGUGACCUCACGGAGAAGCCUGCUGAAUGGAUUGUACAGUUCUAUUGCAAUAAUUACCAAUUUGGGUGGUAAAUAUGUACAUAUAUAAAUUAUUCUUGGUUUCCUAUCUGCUUGCGGUUCCCUACCUCCCUGCUGAUUACGGGGGAAGAUUUGUCUGAUCUACAUGUUUUUAAUUAUUAAAGAUUGGACAGAUGCGCAAA